AUGAAUUUGAUUAAGAAGAAAUUGCAGACCCUUCCCAAGGAUUAUAGAGCCAAGAUCAUGCUUAGACUCUAUGCAGGUGUAGCUAAACCAAGUCCCAAGAUGGGUCAAUCGUUGGGUCCUUUGGGAAUCAAUAUGAUGCAAUUUUGCAAGGAAUUCAAUGCUGCAAGUUAAGCCUUCAGACCAGAUGUCCCCCUCAGGGUUUAGGUUAUUGCCUUUCCAGAUAGAACAUUCAAAUUUCUGAUCAAGCCACCUGAAACUACUUGGUUUCUGAGGAAGGCCACUGGUAUGAUUGAAUGUAAUAAUCUUACUCUUAGGUACUGAUAAAUUCACCAAUUUCCCUGGUUACAUAUGGUAUGAUACCAUCUCUUUGUAACAAGUCUAUGAAAUAGGUAUUAUAUAUCAUAAUAAUGUAUUCAAUUAGCCAAAGUGAAACAAGAAAUGGAUCCCCACUUGAAGCAUGUCUCCCUCCCUGCCAUCUGUAGGAUGAUCAUAGGAUAGUUGGCAUCUUUGGGAUGCAAUUUGUCCACGCAGUAUUUUAAGCCAGAAACCGUUGUUAGACCAGAAAUAAAGAGUUGAUUU